AUGAAUGGUCGGGCCUGGUACAUUGAUGAGCCUGACACCACUCUUCAUAAACACGGUUUCUAUGACGGCGUACUUCGAGAAACUCUGGCCUAUCUCGACGAAGUUUUCACACGUCUACUCGACGAUAUGCAGAAGCAAGGUCUGCUCGACCAAGUCAAUAUCAUCCUGACAGCUGAUCAUGGACAUGCUCAGAUAGAAGGCAUAAAGAACAUAUUAUGUGUCAGUGACUAUGUAGCGAUGGACUGGACUCGAAUGAGAGUGGGACAGAAUUUGAUUUAUACCUAUGACAAAGCUCACGCUGAAGAAAUCUACAAUAAUCUGACAAAAGCUGUGAAAGAUAAUGAUCUGAAAAUUAAGGUCUACAGGAAAAGUAGAUGGUAUUUGAGGAAUUCCCGGACUAUCCAUUUCUAUAAGGGAAUGUCGUCACGAAUAGGUGAAAUUAUACUUGAAGCUGAGAUCGGAUACGAAGUCGAUUUUCGUUGCACUAGACAAGGAUUAAACGAGAAAUAUGACUAUGGAAAGAAAAAGGUGCACAAUGCAACGCAUGGUCAAGACCCAAGUAACCUUGAAAUGUAUGCGGUUCUUGCUCUUAGUGGACCCGAUAUCGGCAACAACCACAAAGUUUGUCGAUUUUUCGUUCCGAAAUUUUGA